UCGUCCCUUCACUUUUCAGGUCUCUAGAACAGGCAAUGUGGGGGAAAAAAAAACCGCUGGUCUGUGUGGGUUUAGAUGAAUGCCGGAACAUCGCGCACACGUAUGACAGGAUGUAGCAGCAGGGCAAAAAGAAAGCAAUAGAAUCGCGGGGCGCCGGUUUGAUUUGAAACGGAGUGUGAUUUUGUAAUGACAGCAGCUAUGCGUGAUGUGGGAUCGGGGCGAAGGUAUCCAGAGAUGCCGAGCUGCGGGGAUCGCUUAUGCUUUAACCUGGUCGCCAAUUGAUUACUGUGCUUUUGUUAUGUACCACUUCUCAGUCCCCUGUUUUCGAGGGGCUUAGUAAACGUAGUUAAUAUAGGCAAAAGGUAAGGCGUGAUCGGAGGCACAAUGGCUGCACAAAACGACUGCUGUGUCAAGGUCUCUUUAAGGAUUCGGCCCCAGAUGGCCAAGGAGAAGAUUGAGGGUUGCCAUGUCUGCACCUCGGUGACACCUGGAGAGCCCCAGGUGCUUCUGGGAAAGGACAAGGCCUUCACCUACGACUUUGUGUUUGACAUUGAAGCGCAUCAGCAGGAGAUCUACUCUAGCUGCGUCCACAAGCUGAUUGAGGGCUGCUUCGAGGGUUACAACGCCACCGUCUUCGCUUAUGGACAGACCGGCUCAGGGAAGACCUACACCAUGGGCACAGGGUUCGAUGUCAGUGUUGCCAAAGAUGAGCAGGGCAUCAUCCCGCGGGCGGUACGCCAGCUCUUCCAAGGCAUCGAGCGACGGCAGGCAGAGGCCAGGGAGGCUGGCAUUCACCCCCCCGAAUUCAAAGUCAGCGCACAGUUUCUGGAGCUGUACAACGAGGAGAUCCUGGACCUGUUCGACACCACCCGUGACCCCGAUGCGCGGGGCAGGAAGUCCAACAUCCGAAUUCAUGAGGACGCCAAUGGUGGCAUCUACACAACUGGGGUGACUUCCCAGCUGGUCACCUCUGAGGAGGAGCUGCUGCAGUGCCUGAAGCUGGGGGCCCUCUCGCGCACCACGGCCAGCACGCAGAUGAACGCCCAGAGCUCACGCUCCCAUGCCAUCUUCACCAUCCACCUCUGCCAGAUGCGGCUGUGCCAGGCCAACCAGCUGAUGAAUGGCGACAUGAGUGAGGAAAUGGAAGAUGUGUCUCAGAGGUCCAUCACACAGCCUGAGUACGAGACGCUGACGGCAAAGUUUCACUUCGUGGACCUGGCUGGUUCGGAGCGGCUGAAGCGUACCGGCGCCACGGGCGAGCGAGCCCGUGAGGGCAUCUCCAUCAACUGCGGACUGCUGGCCCUGGGCAACGUUAUCAGUGCCCUGGGAGAUCAGAGUAAGAAGAGCAGCCACGUGCCUUAUCGCGACUCCAAACUUACCCGGUUGCUGCAGGAUUCACUUGGGGGAAACAGUCGAACCCUGAUGAUCGCCUGCAUCAGCCCAUCCGACCGGGAUUUCAUGGAGACCCUCAACACGCUCAAGUACGCCAACCGCGCCCGAAACAUCAAGAACAAGGUGGUGGUGAACCAGGACAAGACGAGCCAGCAGAUCAGUGCCCUGCGUGCCGAGAUUGCCCGUCUGCAGAUGGAGCUCAUGGAGUACAAAGCGGGCAAGCGUGUAGUUGGUGAAGAUGGAGCAGAGGGCUUCAGCGACCUCUUCCAGGAGAACUCCAUGCUACAGAAAGAGAAUGCUACCCUGCGGAUGAGGGUGAAGGCCAUGCAGGAGACCAUAGAUCACCUUAACAGUCGUGUCACUCAGCUGCUCUCUAGUGAGGUUAAUGCCUUGCUGGCAAAGUCAGGUAAUGGUAAUGAGGAGAUUGGUACAUUAAUCCAGAACUACAUCAGAGAGAUUGAGGAGAUCAGGUCAAAGCUACUGGAGAGCGAGGCCAUGAACGAGUCGCUCCGCCGCAACCUCUCCCGCCUCUCCUCCAGGUCCCAGUACCCAACCCCACAGGGCCCCAUCCAGGGCCACCCUCCUGGCUCCUCCCCCUCCAUCUCCAUGGAGGCCGAGAUGACUGAUGUGAUUCGCCGAGCCAAGCUGGACAUCGAGAGGCUGAAAAAGAAGGAGAGGAAGCAGCGGAGGAAGAGUCCUGGGAAGGAGAAGGGACUGAAGAAAAGAGCCAAGAUCCAAAAUGGGGAGACCAUGGAGAACGGGGAGAGGGUAGAACUUCGAGAACACGGAGAGGCUGACUCGGAUGGCAAUGAUGCUGAGGAGGAAGACCAGGAAGAGAGCGGCUGUGAUGAAGAGGAAGAGGAAGAAGAGGGGGAGGAAGAGGAGGGUGGUCGAGAGGAGGAGGAGUUCGAGAGCGAUGAGAGCCUGGUUGACUCUGAUUCUGACUCAGAUGAGAAAGCAGACUUCCAAGCGGACCUGGCAGACCUGAUGUGUGAGAUAGAGAUUAAGCAGAAGCUGAUUGAUGAGCUGGAGAACAGCCAACGGCGGCUGCUGAUGCUGAAGCUGCAGUACGAGGAGAAGCUGAUCCUGCUGCAGAACAAGAUCCGUGACACUCAGCUGGAGAGGGACCGUGUGCUGCACAACCUCAUGUCCAUGGAGAACUAUACGGAGGAGAAGGCCAACAAGAUCAAGUCGGACUAUGAGAAACGGCUGAAGGAGAUGAACAGAGACCUGUUGAAGCUGCAGGCGGCCCAGAAGGAGCACGGCCGUCUGCUGAAGAACCAGGGCCGUUACGAGCGCGAGCUGAAGAAGCUGCAGGGCGAGGUGGCCGACAUGAAGAAGGCAAAGGUGGCGCUAAUGAAACAGAUGAAGGAAGAACAGCAAAGGCAGAGGAUGAUUGAAGCUAAGCGAAACCGUGAGAUUGCGCAGCUCAAGAAAGAACAGAGGCGGCAAGAGUACCAGAUCCGGGCCCUAGAGUCCCAGAAGCGGCAGCAGGAGCUGGUGCUCCGGAGGAAGACCCAGGAGGUGACAGCGCUGCGCCGGUUGGCCAAACCCAUGUCCGAGCGUGUAGCAGGGCGUGUUGGGCGCCGCCUGCAGCCUCUGGACUCGGGUGCCGAGCCGUCCGGCAGCACCGCCUCCUCCGAACUGGAGUGCAACCGCUCCGUCUCCAGCAUUGUGCGCCAAUGGAACACCAAGCUCAACGGGGACUUGACUGAAGGCGACAGCCCCCUCAGCGCAGCUCGUACUAUCAGCAGUAGGAAGAAGUUUCCCAGGAAGGUGGUGGGCAGCGGCUUGUCCAAGGCGGCUCGGCAGAAGUGGCAGGCCCUGGAGCGGAGGGUGACGGACAUCGUCAUGCAGAGGAUGACCAUUGCCAACGUGGAGGCAGAUAUGGACCGGCUCAUUAAGAAACGCGAGGAACUGUCAGUGCAGCAGGAGGCGCUCCUGCGUCGGCGGGAGAAGCUGCUGGCGGAGUCUCCGGAGGAGGGGGCGCGCCUCCUGCAGGAGAUGAACGAGGAAAUCGAGGUGUUCAACGCCAACAUUGACUACAUCAACGACAGCCUGUCUGACUGCCAGGCCACCAUCGUACAGAUCGAGGAGACCAAGGACGAGCUGGACUCAGUGGACACCUCUGUGGUCAUCAGCUCCUGCUCCUUGGCCGAAGCUCGCCACCUGCUGGACUACUUCCUGAAAGCCUCUAUUGAAAAGGGACUGCAGGUGGCUCAGAAGGAGGCACAGAUCCGCCUACUGGAGGGCCAACUGCGGCAGACGGACAUGAUGGGUUCGGCCCACAACCAUGUGAUCUUGGAUGCCCUGAGGGAGAAAGCGGAGUGCAUCCCGGAACUGCAAGCCCUUAUUCAGAACGUGCAGCAAGAGAACGGCUACGCCAGCACUGACGAGGAGGCCUCGGAGUUCAGUCAGGCGUCCGAGGGCAGUUUCUCCCACUCAUUCCAAAUGAAGGUGUCGACCAGUCAGGAUGACUUCAAGCUCAAGACCGAACCCCGGCUGUCUGCGCAGCUGAAGGCCGUGUCUGCAGAGCAUCUGGGGCCCAUGCUGGACGUGGGCAGCAAGAACAUCACCAAGUCACUGGCUUCCCUAACGGAGAUCCAGGAGAACGGCCUUGCGUUCUUGCCGAGAGACUCCUACUACCGGGACAGGGUCUCUCGCACCAUCAGCCUGCCUGUCCGCGGACAUACAUUUCCCAGGCAAUCCCGGGGCCCGGAUACAUCUCCGCUGAUGCGCAGGAAGUCAUAUGACCGGGGGCAGCCAUACAGGCCCCCGGAAACAGGCUAUACCCCACCAUCCUCCCCGCCACUUCGCCCUCGGAACGACCGCAAUGUUUUCUCCCGCCUGACCAGCAACCAAAGUCAAGGCUCGGCGCUGGACAAGUCGGAUGACAGCGACUCCUCUCUCUCGGAGGUGCUCAGGGGGGUGAUCAGCCCCAUGGGGGGUGUGAAGGGUGGCAGGACAGCCCCCCUGCAGUGCGUGUCGGUGGCUGAGGGACACUCCAAACCUGUGCUGUGCCUGGAUGCCACAGAUGAGCUGCUCUUCACUGGAUCUAAAGACCGAACUUGUAAGAUGUGGAACUUGGUGACUGGCCAGGAGAUUGUCACGCUGAAGGGCCACCCCAACAACGUGGUGUCCGUGAAGUACUGCAGCAACACAUGCCUGGUGUUCACCGUCUCCACCUCCUACAUCAAAGUGUGGGACAUCCGCGACUCCGCCCGCUGCGUGCGCACGUUCACGUCAUCCGGCCAGGUUGUCUCUGGGGAUGCCUGUGUCGGUACCACCACUCGUACCAUCACCACAACCCAGGGCGAGUACCAGAUCAACCAGAUAGCUCUCAACCCAGCCGGGUCGGUUCUCUACGCCGCUGCUGGAAACACAGUGCGGACUUGGGACUUGAACAGAAUGCAGGCAGCAGGUAAGCUGACGGGUCACAUUGGACCAGUGAUGUGCCUGACAGUGGGCCAGUCUGUGGGCGGCAAGGACCGGGUCAUCACAGGGUCGAAGGACCACUAUGUCAAGGUGUUUCAUGUGGCAGAGGGCACACUGGGCAACGUUGGACCAUCUCACAACUUGGAGCCGCCUCACUAUGACGGCAUUGAAUGCCUCGCUACCUAUGGGGAGGUGCUCUUCAGUGGCUCCCGAGACAAUGGCAUUAAGAAGUGGGAUCUGGAGCAGCAGGAAUUAAUCCAGCAAAUCCCCAACGCCCACAAGGACUGGGUAUGUGCCCUGGCCUACGUCCCUGGUCGUCCUAUGCUCCUCAGCGCCUGCAGGGGGGGCAUGAUGAAGGUCUGGAAUGUGGACAACUUCACCCCCAUUGGGGAGAUCAAAGGCCACGACAGCCCUAUCAACGCCAUCUGCACCAACUCCAAGCAGAUCUUCACAGCCUCCAGCGACUGCCGGGUAAAGCUGUGGAGCUACGUUGCAGGGUUAACCCCCUGCCUGCCACGCCGGGUUCUGGCCAUCAAGGGCCGGGCCACCAGCCUCCCAUGAGUCUGCACUAACACUGCUUGCCCCAGUUGCCCUCCGUGACAUGUCUGUGAAGAUUUGGUUGGCAAAAAUGGGCAAGAGGAGAUGACGAUCUGAUUGGUGGAGAUGUGGACGAUGCACAGAGAUUUAAUUAUUCUUCUGGCCCCGUCAGAGGACGUCAUGUCAAUGCCUCGGAUAUAAAGCACCUUCCUGGGAAAUCUGGCUUCAGGAAAGACAGUCCCAGGUCCCCAGACUUGCGGAGGCAGACGAAGUGUCAAAGUUCCGCGAAUGUGAAGCUUCGAUCCUGCUGACAAUGUCGAUCUGCAAUACUGUGCUAUUUUUCACGACUUCUACUUUAAAAGAGAGUCAAAAUUGUGUACACAUUUGCAGCAUGGUUGCAGGUGAUCAGUAAGUGUUACUCAGAGAGACACCCUGUCUAAGCCAAAGCUGAUGAAGUCAAUAAUUUCAUGCUGGCACAAGACACAUUUCAUCCAUGACUUUUGGCUGGUUUGAAAAGAAGAAUUCAAAGGUAGCAGACUUUUGGACCUUGAUUUGUUUUUCAAAAGACAUUUUUACAUGUAGCUGCUCUCGGUCUUAUUGGUUAUUUAUUUAUUUAUUCGCUUGUGAAAAACGGUGGGACCCCUUACUGAACUUUUGGUUACCCCAAAUCGAGGAGGGAGAGGAAACCUUUGAUGUAUCAGCUGUUCUAUAAAUAUAACUGGUGCUUCCACAGGGUUACUAGGGAAGCGGAUCGGACUGAAACGUGGGAUGUGAGAGUGCUGGACAACAUGAUGCCCUGAAAACCUGUGGGCGAGCGAUUCUCAUCUUUGCCGUCUCGCAUUCCGCUGUAUUUUCGUUCUGCGUGCGGUUGCCUGAGUUACCUGCCUGACAGCACACAAAUGAAGACCAUCCUCAUUCUGCUGACUAAUUUAUUUCCUUGUUAUGCACUUGUCUUUUUGUUGUGUUGUGGGUUUUUUUUUUGUUUCCUACCUCAAGCAACCAGAGAAGGUACCUGUCCUAAUGUCUUGAAUGCUGUCAACAACGCACUUUCUCUCGCCUGCCUCCAAGGCUCUGGCUCUCAUAACUGUCAUGUCCGUGACUUUGCUACCAUCUUCUUAGUACCCCUGCAUAGCUGAGUUUGCUCUUUGAAACUCCAGGACGACUAACAGAGGAUAGGGAGGAUAAAGCCAGCUGUGUCCUUAUGGAGGUAGAAUUGCUUAGCUGUGCAGAAAUGAGACGUCAGUUUAUAGGGCCGAUGGGGGCAAUGUGGUUUUUAAUGUGCCAGUGUGCAAAGCCUGCAAUCAUUAUCUCCAACUAUGGUUGGGUAUGAGUCUGAAGCCUCAUACACAUCUAUAUAGGAAGGAGGAGGUAUUUAAAUAGCUCCUUUAGGGUUACUGUGAAAGAGUAUAUGCUGUAUAAAAUUACCCUAACCUAACUGGGAAAUCCAGACAUUUAAGCAGGAGAUUGAAACGAAUUGAGCCAUUUACCAUCCCGAUCAUGGGCUUUUUUUGUUUAAGGAUGAUAGUUACGUUGAUGUAUCUUUACUGAUGGGUGUGGAUUAACUCCAGCUUUCUGCAGAUGGUCCACUGUGUAUUUAUAGUUUAUGUAUUUUCCAGAGAGUCCAGCUUCCCUCAGCCCUUGGGCGUACUGUGCUUUUAAUGAAACGUAUUCAUCACACCAAUCAAAGUGUUUUUCAGUAAUUCACUGGCUAGGAGAUAUCUGCAGAUGCCAGAAAUCUCCGCGAGUCCCGAGGGAUGGGACCUUAGUUAGACGCCUAAAAAUGACUCUGCCUCUGAACCUCUUGGGGCCUUUCUGAAUAUUUUAUCUUAGCUUUACAAAUAUCUCUGCAGCCAGCGGAUUAAAGUGCUUAAGUCUAUGGAGGAGUCGAACCAUGUAUAUUUCACACUUCACACACCCCAAACCCAGUCCCCCUGUCCUCACCCAAUAGCGGCGUUUAUGACACCAUGUGGUCAUUCGGAAAAUGAAACAAGAAGUGAAGGAAACAUUGGGUCAGCAUGCAAGUGUGGGAGCCAAAAUUUUCAAUCAUGCCAAAAAUGUUGUUUUUUUAUGUAUUUCGAUAGAUAGUGGGGGUAGUCUCUGGCUAUACUCUUUGUUGUGCACAUUUUGGUUUGAGUUAAUGAAGGACGUUCUCUCGUUUGUUGGGGUUUAACUAUAAUCAUCAGAUUCCUUUGCAUCAUUACACCGAGUGCUGUAAUGGCGAACCAGACCAUAUUUACUGACAUAUAGAUGUUAUCUUCUCUCUGUGUUAGGUUGAAGGUUAAGUGUAAUAAUUUAGACUUUUGGUUGAUGAUAAGAGGAUACAUUUCACCUGAGAGUGACUGUCGUCACAAAAUGUCUCCUUGCACCUUGUGUUGAAAAAAAGCACAUUUUCAAUGGUGACUGUAGCACCAUUGUUCCUCUUUAUCAGUGUAGCCAGUCCUCUUCAGGUGAUAAUUGUUCUUCUUUAAAAAUAAUGUCAUUGAUGAUAAAGUUUGGUACUGUCUAACGACUGAUCUACCACCUAUAGGAGUCUUCUUAAUGUGCACUGGCAGGCAGGAACCACUAGGGGGCGUAGAGGAGUACUUAGACUUGUCUGUAACCUAAAUGCCUACUUUAAUAGCUGUGCCAAUAAAUUUGUCUUUAGGUGCUUUUGGAACAUAGCCUUUGCUAUACUUGAAAUGCUUUUGUGCGCAUUCGUGUUUUUUCUAUUGCUCAGCCAGCUCAUCAAUACCGUAAGGAAAGCCUGGUAGUAGCUUUAAUGUGGACCUGCUCGAUGUACGCUAAGUGUAGGAUGAUGCUGUAUGUAAGCGUUCCAUCUAAGUCCGGUAAAUGGAGGUGUGUGUAUGUGUGUGCGCAUGUGUUCCAGCCAUCUUUGCUGCGGUCAGGUUGUAUCCAUCCCCGACCACGUGCCCAUGGGUUAGCAGACCCUUGGCAACUGUGUGGUCGUCAGCUGACCCUUGGUGACCAUGUGGUCACCAGCCGAUCCUCAGUGAUCAUGUGGUCAUCAGCUUGCUGUUUUCCUCAGCGCCCGCUGGAUGCCUUGCCAAUCGUAGGCCCCACUCUUAUCGGCCGUUUCACGCCACGCACCCUAAGCCAGGUCAUGCCCUGUUUGCGUGAUGCUCACCCCCUGGUCACCGCAGGGGGGCAGCGAUUCAGCUGAGGAGUGUAAAGCACAGCCCCAAUGCCCGUGGAGACGUAUGCCAGUCGAUCCCGGAGUGCCAGGGUGCUGAUGGGAGGGGAGGUGGUCACAUCAGAGGUGUGGCACGAACACGGGACACCGGAAACGUCUCUGCUGCACACCUUCAUUUCAAGGAAUGUAAAUGUCUGUAAAGUCCUUCCCCCUCCCUCUUUUUUUACAUGUGCAUGAAACCAAACUGUAAAAUAUUUGAUUGUAAAUACUGUAACUAUGUUUUAUUUAAUGAUAAUCCAUUGUUCCUCCUGUGAAAUAAAAACUGAAAUGAU